ACCUUCGAUCGUUUCUACCGGCGCCGUGUACAAGUACGUCCGCGCACCCGCAACAUUGACAAUCAUCACGGCACUUGGACACUUCCAUUACCGGAGAUAGAUAAUCUGUAGCCGGCAGCAGCACCUACUCUCGCAUGUCUUCACCAUCUUCUUCGAGGAUAAUGAGGGCCGUACAGUACCACAAAUACGGCGGAGGAGCCGAGGGCCUCAAGCACGUGGAGGUGCCGGUGCCGUCUCCGAAGAAAGGCGAGCUGCUGGUUCGGGUGGAGGCCGCCAGCAUCAACCCGCUGGACUGGAGGUUCCAGAAGGGCGUCGGGCGGCCCUUCCUGCCCAGCAAGUUCCCCUUCACCCCGGUCUGCGAGCUCGCUGGCGAGGUAGUGGAGUUGGGCGCUGGGGUGAGCAGCUUCAGGCCAGGCGACAAGAUCAUCGCCGUCAACUUCCCGGGUAGCGGCGGCCUGGCCGAGUACGCCGUGGUGUCAGCAUCGAAUGCGGCGUUGAGGCCGCCGGAAGUGUCGGCAGUUGAAGGCGCGUGCAUUCCUAUCGCGGCAGCCACCGCGCUCAUGGCGCUCAGGACGGCCGGGGUCGGCCUCGACGCCGGCGACGGCCCCGCCAAGAACGUGCUGGUCACCGCGGCCUCCGGCGGCGUCGGCACAUUCGCCGUGCAGCUGGCUAGCCUCGCGGGACACCACCACGUCACGGCUACCUGUGGCGCGCGCAACCUGGACCUCGUUCGGGGACUCGGCGCCGACGAGGCGCUAGACUACUGCACCUCGGAGGGCACCGCGCUGCGUGGGCCGUCCGGACGGAAGCACGAUGCGGUGGUGCACUGCGCGGAGGGGUUCCCGUGGUCGGCGUUCAAGCCGGCGCUGGCGGACGCCGGUGGCGUGGUGGUGGACCUCACCCCGCGCAUCGCGUCCGUCGCUGUCGCAGUGCUGCACUGGCUGUGCUUCUCGAAGAAGAGGCUUGUGCCGCUGAUCGUGUCGACGAAGAAGCAGGACAUGGACGCACUGCUGGGAUUGGUGGUGCAGGGGAAGAUCCGGGCGGUGGUCGACUCGCGUUACCCGCUAAGCAGGGCGCACGAGGGCUGGGCCAAGAGCAUGAGCGGCCAUGCCACCGGUAAGAUCAUCGUGGACAUGGUAGACGGGUAGUAAGAUAGCCAGACUUUGCCAUUUCUUUUCUGCCUCUGCUGCUGAUUUUGCCAUUUCUAGCCUGACUGAAAUAUAGCUAUUUGUAAGUAAAUCUUACAUUUUGAACAAUAAGAUUUGUGUGAAAGGUACAAAAAAAAUCAUGGGUUUCUACGUUGAGUGAGAAGUGACUACUUGUAAGUUGGGAUGGCUAUAGUGAUAUCUUCUUUGCAAAAACAAUGUCCUAUUCUCUUUUGUAGUGCAAAGUUUCCGCUACAAAAAAUGCUAUAAUCAUAUUCAUUACUGAGGAAAUUCCACAUCGCCACCCACCCUCCGGCUUCAAGAAAAGGAGUCAAUUCCGUGGUUAUUUUGAUCGCCUAUGAGCCUCUUUGAAGGAAAUGUUAGACCGGUGAGAGACAUCGUUGCUGCAAUUCGCAGAACCUUGGAAAAUUGGCGUCUACAAUAGUAGAAAACUAGCUAUAGGUGGUAUACCUUUUUGUGACGCACCAUUUAGAUUUUUCAUGUGCCACUAAAUAAGUUUUUGUGGCGCACCAGUAUUCAUGCGCAUGAGUUGAGAUGCGUCACAGAAUUCGAAGGUCGGGUUCCAGAAGUCUACGAGGAGUGGAAGGACUGUAAGAAACAUGUGGUCAAAUUCAGUGGUAACUGCUACAAAAGAUACGCGACAAGACAGGAGGUGGUUGCCAAGUGGAGGAACCACCAGUCGAACAAGAACAAGAUGAAGACCUUCGUCGUGUUCCCGCUCUUGCUCACCAUCGUCACGACUCUGCUCUAUUUCGCCCUAGUGUCGGCGGUAGUCGGUGACCACAUAAUUUGUAACUUAGAUGAUGAAAUUUGUACCAACUAAGACUUGUAUAAAAAUUUGGCAGUUGUCACUAUAUGUAUCGGGCUCCAAGUAAUGUGAUGACAUAGUAAUGUGUCUGUUUUCAUAUACCAUGUCCAAUGUAGUAUUAUUCUUUCUAUUAUGUCUGUA